CCUAAUCACCACCGUCAGUCAGAUCUAUCCCAUCAACCCGCUGUCUAUAAAUACCUUCUUCUUCAUAUCCAUCCCCAAAUCAACUUUCCUCACUAUUUUGCUCCCCGUUUUUCAAAAGAACAAAUUCAUUCAAGAUGGCUCGUACCAAGCAAACUGCUCGUAAAUCUACCGGUGGAAAGGCCCCUAGGAAGCAGCUUGCAACCAAGGCUGCACGUAAGUCUGCUCCAACUACAGGAGGUGUGAAGAAACCUCACAGAUACAGACCAGGAACCGUUGCCCUUCGUGAAAUCCGAAAGUACCAAAAGAGUACCGAACUUUUGAUCAGGAAGCUACCAUUCCAGAGGCUUGUUCGUGAGAUCGCACAAGACUUUAAGACGGAUCUGCGUUUCCAGAGUCAUGCAGUGUUGGCAUUGCAAGAAGCAGCGGAGGCGUACCUGGUGGGAUUGUUUGAGGACACUAAUCUGUGCGCGAUUCAUGCGAAACGUGUGACCAUCAUGCCCAAGGACAUUCAGUUGGCUAGGAGGAUUAGGGGUGAGAGGGCUUGAUCGUUGAUUGUGUUGUUUAGCUUUUGUUUGACAUAUGAAUGGUCAAUGUUUGGUAGUAGUAACAUGUUUUGUUUGAUGGAUGGAUGGAUGGGAAACUCUUGUUUCUCAUAUUUUUUGUUGCGAAAAGUGUUUGGUUUCUGUUGCAAUAUUAGUAGUAUCUCUAUAUUUAUAACA